AUGUUUGCAUUACAAGACACAUUUACACACUACGCUACAUGCUGUAUUGGAGAUAUACAUAGUAAUACCGAUAUUCACAUUCAGGUAGAGCUUCAUCUUCAUCUAGAUGGCUCUAUACGUUUCUCAACGAACUACGAUAUUGAAUUGAUUUUAUCGCAGCAAACUCGUGGAACCCCGUUGAAAGGAGCGAGAACUGUUGAGGAAUUGAGGAAAGUGCUCGUAACUAAUGAACCGGCGAAUUUAUCGAAGGUCUUAGAAGCGUUUGAUCUGUUUCUACCAGUUGUGCGAGGAGACAAAGCGGCGAUCGAAAGGAUUGCCUAUGAGAUGUGUGAAGAUCAGGCAGCUAAUGGUGUAAUCUACCUUGAAGGCAGAUAUUCUCCACAUUUGCUUUGCGUACCAGGGGGCGAGAUGAAUGCUGUCGAUGUUGUUGAAGCAGUAAAACGAGGUUUCGAUCGUGGAGAAGCGAAGUUUGGUGUAAAGGCACGAUCCAUCAUUUGUUGUAUUCGUGAUGGAAUUUUCCGAAUAAGGAUACUUUUUUUUACGAAUGAAUCUUCAGCAACAAAUUGUCGUCAUCUUGGAGUGGUUGCGAUUGAUGUCGCCGGCUCAGCACAUGGUGCUGAUGAACAAUAUGAGCAGGAAGUUGUAAAUAUUUUUAAGGAAGCGUUCAAACGAGGCAUUCAUCGAACAGUACAUGCUGGAGAGAGUGGUGGAGCAAAGGAAGUACUCAAGGCCAUAACUGAUAUGCAUGCCGAGCGAAUCGGCCAUGGCUAUCAUGUGAUGCGAGAUCCUGAGAUAUACAAGAAAUAUUUCAUCGAUGACAAACGGAUACAUCUGGAAGCGUGUCCAUACUCUUCUGUUAUGACAGGUUCUGUUUCACUGAACUGGAAAAAUCAUCCGAUUGCCGCCUGGGCCAGAGACAAAGUGAACUUUUCGAUUAGUCGAGACGAUCCAACAUGCUUCGACAACACGAUGCUGAGUGAAUUACAGUUAGCUAAGGACGAAAUCGGUCUUUCUGUUCAUAAACUUUGGGCCACUGCACCACACGCGCCCAUGAGCCAUGUGGUAACAAGAAGUUCACAAGGAAAAUUCAGACUAGAGUAG